AUUCAUCUCAACUAACUUGUCGGAAGAAAGCGGCGACGUGCGGUACCUCCAUUCAAACAAAAUGUACCGUCAACGUGUGCCCAACUUCAUGAACUCGAACAGAACUCCACAGAACUCGACGGUGAACGGUGACAAUAAGUCAAAAGUUGUGACGUGCGGAGAAAACGCUAUCUGGUGGGACCGUCCAGAGAUAACCCAAUGGAAGAACACAGGCGUUGGUCACCGUCGUGUCCUCUACUACGAAAAUCAACAGCGAGUAACGCCGGAAGCAGUGUAUUCUCGUCAAAUGCAAACAGCAAUCCAGUUUAUGUUACGAAUGCGGCUUAUAUGACAUCGAAAUUAGACCCAAUUCUGGCCCUGGUAACGAUUAGUUUCUUUUUUUCCCUGGUUGACUUGUUGGUGUAUUAGGGUAUGAGAAUGUUAUUUUUUUCUGAUUAGGUAAACCUUUACUGGAACAGUUGGGAGUUGACGAAAGUCGAGGGCCUGUACAAGGGGCAUAUGAAAACUACAAUGCAUGAAUGCAGUUCUUUUGAGACGUGGCCUUUAUCAUUGAAACCACGACGGAAAGAACUGGUAGAAGCAGGCUUCUUUUAUACAGGUAAAAGUGAUCAACCAUUAUGCUUCAAUUGUGGAUGUGGUGUGAGAAAUAGGGAGCCAACCAAUGAUCCUUGGAUAGAGCAUGCAAAAUGGUCCUCUCAGUGUUCAUUUGUAGUUAUGAACACAGGAAAAGACUUCAUACAAAAGGCAAUAUCCAAAGAACAGCCUUUGUUACAACCAGAAGUGAGCAUUUAAUUAUCUUAAAAAAUGCUGACUGCGUGUUCAGUUAAAUGUAAAUAAGCAUGUUAUCUAUUGAACUGUUACAACUUGAACACAGUGCUUUAAUUUUUUACAGGACAUCAAAAACCUUAUGAAACAAACAUUGAAAUCUGUAAAUUCUUGGCAAGUAGCAAUAGAUUUUCACUUUAUCAUUAUACUGUUACAAAAUUACCAUCGCCAUCUAGGCAAGACAUAUAAUUAUUUUUUAAAAAUCAUCAAUAAAUUUAAUUCUAAUUAUAGUUUAAACAAUACGACUGUUUUAGAUCUCAUUAAACUAAUAUUUUUCACUUUAAAAUUAAAUCAAGAUUUUAAUGAUAUAAAAAAAAGAAAAUCUAAAAAAAAAUUUGAGGAAAUAACGAAGAUUUAAACAUUUAUAUUGCAGAUUUAGUCAAAGAAAUAAAUAAAUUAUUAACAAUUAUAUUUAAUAAUUUAAAUAAUACAUUUUCUUCUAAACAACUAAAUUUAAAAGAAACAUUAAAUUUAAUAUACGGUUUGAGAUAACGUACCAUAUUAUAAUUAUAUUUUUAAAUUAAAGGAACAUGGCGGCGAUGGUGUAACGAUUAGCGUAUUGGACUGGUAUGCCCAAGUUGGUGGGUUCAAACCCGAUCGAAGCCGUGGAUUUUUAAGGGCGAAAAAAUCCUUCGGAGGGGAAGUAAAGCUGGCUGUCCCCUGUUUGUAUAUUUACUCGCCCAAGAAAUACCUCCUUCCUCUGCUAAUUGGUGAAAGGAGCGUAGCGAAAUUUGCGUGGUCAGACGGAAGAGCGGGUCUGAUGGCCCGAGUCUCGCCACGUAAAAUAAAGCAUUAAUUCAAUUCAAUUCACUUUUUACAAUUCACUUUUCAGAAGAAAGAAAUAUACUUAAUAUAUUAAAUAAUUAUAAUAUUAAAUUUAGUAUAUGCAAUCUUUUCUAUGUGUUCAAAAUAUAUUAGAAAGUAUCGAGGACGAGAUUAAAAUUAUCAAUUGAAAAAUCUCUUUCAAUUGAUAAUACAAUUAAUAACAUGAGGAAAGCUAUCAUUAUAAUCUUAUCAUGGGUUGAAAAAAUGUUGGAAUUUAAAAUACCAAACAAAAUAAUAUUUGUGUUGCUGUCAUAUUUUCUUUCUAUUUUUGGUGUGGGACCUCUAGAUUUCAUAAGUGAAAAUGUGCCAUUUGUUUCGGUAAAUCCGCUUGAAAAUUUCAAACAAUUUCAAAAUUGUUUCCAAAGUGAACAAAAAAAAGGAGAAAAUUAAGAUUAAAGGGGAACAACAAUUAAAUGAAAUUUCGAUUUUCAUAAAUUAAUAAACGACAAUUGUUAUAAAAUUGCUGAUGGUGGUAAUGGUAAUGAUACUUGUACAAAUUAUAUCUUACCAUAUAUAUUACUAUAAAAAGUUCGAAAUUUGGGCAAAAUUCUUCUUCAGAAAAUACUAUCUUUCCAGAUGACUCUGUCGGUUUAAAAGUGCCUAAAUCUCAAAGACCAGAAUCUUUAGAUACUCUAGAUUUUAUUCCCCC